AUGUCUAAAUGGGCAGAAGAGCGACAAUGUAGGGGAGCUGUGGCUCACAUAUGCAAGCAGUCUGUUAAUGGCGACCAGGGGCUAUUUUAUAAUAUCCAUGGCUCUAGGAACUUGGCUUAUAUUUGCGAAAUUCCAAAAGUGUCAGCUACACCACCAGUGUCCUCACCCACAGCUGCGGACAAAUCUUUACCAUCUGAAUCUAUACGGCCACAACCCACUCCAUCGCCCACACUGUGGUUAUCAUCGUUGCCAUUGCGUUCGCCGUCACCAUCAGCGUCAUUGUCUAUGUCGCAGUCGCCAUCGCAGUUGGUUCCGCAGUUGUUUUCUUCAUCAGUGUCUCAUCCUCCAUUUCAUUUGCUGUCUCAGUCGCAGUUUACGUCGUUGUUGCAAUCAAUUGCCCAAUUGCCUUCCCAAUCGCCUUCUCAGUCAUCGCCACUACUGCCCUCACAGUCGGCGUCACAUUCGCCGUGUCAGUUGUACUCGCUAUCUUUUUGGCUAUCAACGUCCCAGACGCCUUUUCAGUUACUGUCGCAGUCAGCAUUGCAGUGGACGUUUCAGUCAACUGCAGUCGCAUCUUCACCAUCCGGAUCCAUAAAGUUACGUUCCACUCCAUCGCUACCUCUGUGGUCAUUAUCCUCGACAUUGUUUUCGCUGUCACAAUCACCGUCCCUGUCGAUGUCUCAAUCACCUUUUUCACAGUCACCUAAGUCACGGUCUCAGUUGUCUUCGUUGCAGUCACCACUUGACUUGCCUUCGUCCGCGCUCUUGCCAUCACAGUCAUUGUUGCCAUCGACACCAUCAUCGCCGCUGCAGUCGAAAAUGAUUAAAAAGCUGGCGGCUGAAUAUGUUUCUAAACUUCGAAGAAUGGAUAUCACCAACGCCAGUUCCUUGCAGGAAGCCAUAGUGGUUUUGGAAGUAUUCAUCACAAGUAUUAAAAACAUCACAAGAGCUCGUGACCGCGCGCUUGUAACAGAAGAGAUCGAGAUAAAGAGAGAAUUCACUUUUAACGUGGCAGUCGCCUUUGAGGAAUUUGCUCUUAAUUACAGCAAGCUCCACCUGAUUGGAACGAGGUCCUCACAAGUGAUCGACAACCACAAAAUGGUGCUGGGUAUUCAAAAAGCCUACUAUCAAAAUGCAGGUGACUUCUACCUUGAGGAUCAAGAAUUGCAAGCAAGCAUAAAUGUUUUGUCUGCAAAUUUUGCAAAAUCCGUUUCUCUGGUUGUUGGGAUUGUGUAUAAGGAUCUCCACGAACUACUGGACCUAGAUCAACCGAUCAGGAAUGAAGACACAUGGCAUUUGAACUCCAGGAUAAUGGGCGUGGCCAUGGAUCCAAAACCAAACAAACUGGAAGCGAAUGUCAUAUUAAAGUUCAGAAACCUGAGGGUUGAUGAAAGAAAAAAGGCUUGUGUGUUUUGGAAGGGCUUUAACAGAAGCUCAGAAGGAUUUUCAGGAGGAGGAUGCCAUGUGGUUGAAUCAGAAAGCAACUCAGAAGAAACAGUGUGCAGCUGCAAUCAUUUGACUCAUUUUGCUGUCUUACUUGACUACAACGGCAGCUCAGGGCUCACCGAGGAAGACGAAACUAUUCUGGAGAUUAUCACCUACGUGGGAUUAAGCCUGUCAAUCAUAGGAAUAAUUUUGACAGUUAUUCUAUAUUCCUUCCUUACAGAUAUUCACCAGCCUCUGUCACAAAUACGAUUGAGUCUUUCUGUUGCCCUCGGAGCUGGACAAUUUAUUUUUCUCGUCGGGAUAAACGCCAAAAAAAACAAAGCCUCUUGCAUUACAGCUGCAGCUUUCAUGCAAUAUUUCCUGAUGGCUUCAUUCUGUUGGAUGCUGGUGGAGGGAUUUUACCUCUACCUCUUUGUGGUGAAAGUUUACAACAUCACCGAAAAGAUGCACAUGUAUCACGUCAUGUCAUGGGGUUUACCCAUCGUCACGGUCGGUAUUUCAUUAUGCAUCGCUGCUGGAAAAGAUGGAAUAGAGAGCUUUACUAGUGCUAAAUAUUGCUGGCUGUCCUACACAAACAACCUCAUCUGGAUAUUCGCCGCAUUUAUGGCUUUCGUUGAAGUGCUCAACAUUUUGAUUCUUGUCCGAGUCAUAAAAGAGAUGACCACGCUAGUGCAGCCUAUGGGGGAAGACAUUCAUAUCAAGCAGAUACGACUUAGCUUUAAAACAUGCGCGGUGAUGAUUCCACUGAUGGGUAUAACUUGGCUAUUCGGUCUUUUGUCGCCAUUGCACAAAGCUUUCGCCUACAUUUUCACCAUCUUUAACUCAACUCAGGGAUUCCUGAUUUUUUUCUUCCAUUGUGUGCGAAACAGCCAGAUUAGAGAGCGAUUGAAAAGGAGGAUGAACGCAAUUUUUCCAUCUUUCGAAGUUGGAAACUCUGCAAGGAAGAGCUCACGAGUUAACGCAAGUGAUGCCGGGAAAAUACGGGCAGUCGAAAUGCAGUCUUUCAAUGCAUAA